UGGAAACGUAAAUCUGCUGGCCGCCACACUUAACAGCACACUGUCAUCACACAACUCAAAGAUUGAAAACAAAAUAAAUUGUAAAACAUGAAUUCAUUGGCACGUCUUGGUGGAUUUGUUUGUCAAUCUGUGCAAAUUGCAGGCUGUGGCCUGCAGCAAGUGCGAACCAAAUAUGCCGACUGGAAAAUGAUACGAGAUGUUAAGCGACGCAAGUGUGUCUCGGAGCACGCCAAGGACCGGUUGCGAGUAAAUUCGCUACGAAAGAAUGACAUACUGCCCGUGGAGCUGCGUGAAGUGGCGGAUGCCCAGAUUGCAGCAUUUCCCAGGGACUCAUCACUGGUGCGUGUGAGAGAACGCUGUGCUCUUACGUCACGACCCCGCGGUGUUGUGCACAAAUACAGGCUGAGCCGUAUUGUUUGGCGCCACUUGGCUGACUAUAACAAGCUGUCUGGAGUCCAGAGAGCCAUGUGGUAGACUUUUAAGAUUGUUAAUUUAGCGAUGUUGAAAACAUUUGUACAAUAAAUAGCUGUAAUUGCAUCAAGAA